AUGGACUCAUUUAACUGUUUUGAAAAUUGCAUCAAGAAUUGUGAACUCGAGUUAGCACCAACAAUUUUUAUCCGCGAUCCUCAUUUACCGGUUUCCACAUCAAUCAAACAUUUAAAAUUGAGUAUGAUUACAAUCGAUAUGUUGUUUUACCUUCUGAAAAAUGUACCUGAACUCCGUUCGUUAUCCAUUUGGCUUAAUUCGAACGGUCGAGUAUUCGAUGUAAACACUUAUGAUCAAAAUUACCGCUGUGAAAAUCUAAGAAAACUCACUCUUGGUCUUCAUAAUGACAUUCGCUUUGUCGAAGCUCGAUUUCUUUUACUUCGUAUGCCAGUAUUACAUUCGUUGAAACUUGUCGGAUCGGUAUGGGACGAUGAAUUCUUGAAUGAACACCAUUGGAUAGUUAUCCUCUCCGGUGAACACUCGUUCCCAUUAUUACGGAAAGUUAAUAUCGAUAUUUCUAAACGAAUAUUUCGACGCACAAACUUCACUAUUAAUCAGUAUCUGUUCCUGAUAUUUCUAAGAUAUAUCUUGAAUGACUCAUUUUCUCUUCAUACAACACAGCAUGACAUAUCGAGUUGGCUGACGGCAACCAAUAACUUAAUGCCACUAACUAAUUCACUGUUGCUCAAUGAUUUCUUUCACUCGAAAAAUAACCUAUUCUGUGCUACAUCGAGAAAUGUAGCGGUUUGUAUUGCUAAACAUCGAGAUCUAACUAUGACUUCAUCAUCAAGUUUAGUGAUAUUGAAUUCAUACUAUGAUACCGUCGUAGAUGAUCUUCUUUCAUAUUAUUCGUCACAAACAGCCAAUAACAAAUACCUACAAAUAAUUUUAUCUCAUUUCAAAACUGUGAUUGAUUAUAAUGUAAGUGACGGCAAAAAACUUCGCGGAACAGCAGUUAUUGAUACUGUACGAGCUUUGGCAUCGAACUCAACCGAUGAAUCAUUACUGAAACAAGCUGCGGUACUUGGGUGGUGUAUCGAAUUAUUACAAGGCUCAUUCCUUGUUGCUGAUGAUCUCAUGGAUCAUUCACUGACACGACGUGGAAAACCUUGCUGGUAUUUAAAGGUCAACGAAAAAGAAACGUCAGUCAAUGAUUCAUUCUACUUGUAUUCAUGCACUUUUAUGUUGUUGAACAAACACUUUCCAACAAAUGUCAAAUUAUUUCAUCUAUUCAGUGAAAUCUUUCAACGAACAGUUAUUGGUCAAGAAACUCCAACAUUCUUACCUUCAAUUGAUCUGUACACCGAAGAGCAUUAUUAUUCUGUUGUGACAUGGAAGACUGCAUAUUAUACCAUUGCAUUGCCCAUUCUAUGUGGUUUAUAUAUAACAUCACCUGAUCUUGCUGAUCAUCCUUCAUUGAAAUCCAUUGCUGUUGAUAUUGGUAUUUAUUUUCAGGUCCAAGAUGACUUUCUUGACUGUUACGGUGAUAUCAAACAGACCGGUAAAAUAGGAACGGAUAUUCAAGAACAAAAAUGUUCUUGGUUAGUUGUUCAAGCGGUGAAGUUGCUCGAGAAUAAUGAUGAGAAACGGCAGAUUCUUCGAGAAAACUAUGGUCAAAAUGAUGAGACGAAAGUUCAGUGUGUUAAAGCUAUCUAUGAAGAGUUGAAUUUGAAAGAAGUCUAUCGGCAAUAUGAAGAAACGGCGCGUCAAACGAUCUUGCAACGUAUCGAUGAAGCGAAUUUUAAUUGUAAACAGCUGGAACAGUUACUGAAACAAGUUUUAGAUAGUAUUUAUGCCAGAAGUAAAUAA